GCGGUCAAAACAUGAAGUGGAUUUUGUCUUUUAAGAACGACAUAGAAUUAUUUUCAGAUGGCAGGUUUUAGGCCAAGAGGGUCUAUCAUACAGUUCAACUGGCAGGAAACGCCAGAAGGAAGAGAGUUUUUGGGAGGAAUUUUGCAUCGAAACAGAAGAAAAUAUUUUGGCUUACUUGAAGCCCCAAGCUUACCGCCACAACUUCCCAUCGAAAAUGUCUCUUAUAAGAUCUUCUUAACGGGAAAGCCAGCUGUUGGAAAAACGAGUACUAUAGCCAAGCUGUUAGGGCAAGAAAUUUCCAGUUUUCACGUAGAAACUCCAGGUAUUCAGACAUCGGUGAUAUACUGGCCAGCUAAACUGAAGGAGAGUCAUAAAGUUGUGAUGUUUAAGCUUCAAUUCUGGGACUGUGGUGAACAUGCUAUUAGAAAAUAUGAUCAUCUGUUACCAGCUCUCAAAGAGAAAGCUGAUGCAGCACUUUUCUUGUUCUCAUUCACAGACAGAGGAAGUUUUGAUGAUUUGCCAAAUCAGAUAAACCGUGUUCUGGAUCAAGAAGAGAAGAUCUUGCGGAUAGCUGUUGCAACUAGACUUGACCAGAUCUUGAACAGUGAUUUUACAGAACAGGAAAUUCGAGAGUUUGAAGAACAAUGGCAAGUUCCUGUGCUGCGAAUUGCAAAUGUUACUGGUAAACGACUGGCAGAUAGUCGCACCUUGGAUGGACGGGCGGGAGUCAUGGAAGUGGCUCCUUUUUUGAACUCUCUGGUCGAGUUACUAUGGCAACGUGAUCAGGUGACCGUUUCCGCCUCAGCUGGACGGAAGGUUUCCCGUCAUUCCGCUGGGUCUCGAUCCUCUGCUGAGUUUAAGAUUUAUAUUUGACAUUCCAGUGGUUAGUUAAGUCAAGUAUUCCCGGAUAGCCAUAAAGAAGAAGGUUAUUCAGAAAUUUGCGUGAUGAUUUGGUUUCGUCAAAGCUAUAAACUUUAUAAUCUUUGAUGUCACGUGCGGAAAAAAAAAACUUUUGGAAAAUACAGGUAACACGUGACCAUUCGCUUUAAGGCUCUGCCAAGUGAGGAAAUGGUGCAGAGUGCGGGAACACCUGACCAAAAUGUGGAAGUGGAAACGUGAAAUUAGUAACAGAUACGUGGUGGAUUGUAAACGUGUUCGCAUGGAAGCAGUGAAAACACGUGACGAGUUCGGUAGUAUGGAACUUGUGACAUACACGUGACAAGGUGUAAACUCGGUAAUAUGGAACCAGUGACAUGCAUGGGAAAACGCUCAACCAGAAAUAAGGAGGGAAACUUUACUGAGGGCGGGAAAUACGUAACCGCUGAGUUGUGCGAAGCGCAAGAAAUUAGCAACCAGAUACAAGUGGGUAAACAGAGCUAAGCGCUUACUUAGAACAGGCCGCCAGUAGAUUUUCUAACAUAUUUUAGUUUUUUGAGAUUGAAGGAAAGGUUAUUCUUAAUUUACAGUUUCACUUCUAACAGGGGUUCUUCCUGAUAGAGACUGCAGAAAAUCUUUACACACCAAAAUCAGUUGUCAGGCUCUACCAGGAAGCAGUCUUGGAUUAAAAACAUCGAGAAAUAAAUGCUGAAUGAAAAGUG